AUGGCAGGUCGCCUUUUGACACGAGAAGAAGAUAUUUUAAAUCGAUGGAAGGAAUAUUUUGCAGAAUUAUACAACCCGACAUCAGCAAAACAUAUCAAAUUAAAUGAGCCAACCGACAACGAAUCCAACACCAUAUCAACAACUGAAGUCACAACAGCCAUUAAAUCACUUAAAUCAGGUAAAGCAGCAGGAGUGGACGAAAUCAGACCAGAGAUGCUAAAAUCUCUCAAAUCUGGUUGUGUAGAUUGGCUUACUCGAAUCUGCCGUAUGGCUUGGACAACUGGUAAAGCCCCACUGGAAUGA